AUGGACGAGGUGAGAGAGGUAGUAACAGAAGAGGCUUUGCCUCUUGCUAAGUCUUGGGGAGUGCUAGAGUAUCCAACUUCCCCUUCACCUGAUGAAAAUGAGUAUGUGCUGGCCAGCAGUUCAGUGGAACCUGAAGAAGAGAAAAAGGAGGACCUUGGAGAAAGCUUAUGUCCCAGCAGUCAGAAAACUUCCCAAAAGAACCCCAGCAAAACAUCCUGGAAGACCUCUAGGGGCUCAGUGGCUCAGGGAACAGAAAAAAACUCCACAUUUAUUAAAUCCCAGGUACCUCUUUCUUCACAGUGUGUUCAGAUUAAAAAACAGAGCAAACAUAGUCUCAAGGCCAAAACUCCCUCCAUACAGAGUCUUCAUUCAAGAAGACUUGAGGAAAGAGAACGUCGAACUCUGAGUGAGACAGCAUUAAUCAUGGGACAGAAGAGAAUCGAUGACCGUACUAAAAUGAUAAAAAAUCCCUUGGACUCUCCUCAGUCUUUUGCUGAUUACAACCACCUGGGCUAUAACCUGAGAUCAAACAUCUUCCAAGGUGGCCCACUGGAGACCCGAAGCUUGAUGAAAGAUUCCUACACCCCUGAUAUAAUUCAGAAGGCAAUCCGGGACCCCAAGAAUUGGCAUGGAAGGAGAACUGAUGAGCUAGGGAAAUGGCACCAGAAAAAUGCAUUAAAUCUUAGCGUGCAGAAAGCAUUGGAGGAGAGAUAUGGAAAGAAACAAAGCAAGCCUUAG